UACAGUUUCUAUACCCAGAUGUGGCCCUUGGGCCAAAAAGUUUGCCCACCCCGGACUGAAGGAUACAAUGGCAAAGCAGGGAAGUGGGACAGAGACAAACUUUAAAGUGGAAAAGCUUUUUGAAGCAAGCAUGUUUUUAUCCUGACCCUUUAAUUCUUCAUUUAGAGGAAGCAACUCAAGCCUCCCUUCAUAUUAGGAGGUCUCCUGAUUAUGCUACCUGCUGUGCUCCAACUCCCCUCUUUUUUACCAGUUAUUUGUUUUAUUUUUACAAGCUCUGUUUCCGUGUCUGCAAUAUUUGAUUAACUGAAAUUGUAAUGAUGACAAGUUCUGGAAGUGAACAGCUCUAUUGUCAAUUGUCAUUGUGUUGAUAUCACAAUUUUCAUUCUGUUGUCAUUUAACUUAACCUACUACUAUAAGUCACAUGACAACACACUCAGUCUCGAGACCAGUCCUUUCCUGUUGCAUGACUUCCUGUUGGGACUGAGAAGGAACAAGAUCCACUGAGCUGACUGACUCCAAAAGUAAGUGAAAUCCACACCCUUAAGUUCAAUAUCAUUUUAUGUUUGAAGGGAACUGAGUUUUGCUAGGAAAUUUCAUCCACUGAUCUGCCUGACCCCAAAAGUAAGUGAAAUCAAUAUCCUUAACUUCAAUCUCAUUUUAUGUUUGAAGGCAACUGAGUUUUGCGAGGAACAAAAUCCAGAGGCAUUUCACCACUGAUCUGCCUGACCCCAAAAAUCUGAUUCCUCAUCUCUCAGCCGUAAAAUGAGUGCAGAUAUAUACAAGCUUCUCUUCUUCAUCAGCGAGGAACUGGACUCGGACACCCUGAUGGCCCUGAAGUUUCUGAGUCUGGAGUACAUCCCACUGAAGAAUCAGGAAGACAUUCAAGAUCCCAAGGUUUUCUUCCAAAAGCUCCAGAACAAGGGACUGAUAGAAGAAGAAGAUCUGUCCUUCGUAAAGGAGCUACUGUUCAGAGUAAACCGCAUAGACCUCCUGACUGGUAAACUGAGCUCCAGCAGAGACGAAAUGGAGAGGGAGCUUCAAAUCCCAAACAAGGCAAAAGUUUCACCAUAUAGACAACUACUUUACAGAAUCUCUGAAGAAAUAACUAGUGAAGAAGUUGCCAGUGUAAGAUUCCUGCUGCAGAAGGAGCUACCAAAGAAGAAGCUUCAGGACAAUGCUACAAUAUUGAAGCUCUUUAUAGAAAUGGAAAAAGCUGGGAUAAUGAAUGAAACCAAAUUGAAGGUGCUGAAGAGUAUUUUACGGGACGUUAGACCUGACCUGGCGCAAAAAAUUAAUACCUACGAAGUGGAAACACAAGCCCCAGAUGAAUUGAUCACGAGCUUGGAACCUCCUUUUCAGAGCCUGACACUUAGCGAAGGGCAUAUUCACCAGAAAGUUCCCUGGCCUAAAACAUGGGCAUUUGCGGGCCCAGGUGAAUCGGGAGCAAAGGAAGCAGCGUCAGUGCCAAAGCUCGAGAACCCCUACACGAUGGACAAUAAUCCUCAUGGCUAUUGUGUGAUACUGAACAACUCUGAUUUUAAAAAUCCUGAUGAAACCAGGAGAGGCACAGACAAAGAUGCUGAGGCUCUGAAAAGGGUCUUUGAGUGGCUUCAAUUUGAGACAAUUGAGCACCGAAACCUAGAAGCAGAGGAAAUCUGUAAUACAAUCAAAAAGUAUAGCAACAUGGACCAUAGCAACAUGGACUGUUUCAUUUGCUGCUUACUCUCACAUGGCGAAAAAGGUAAAGUACGUGGGACAGACUGGAAUUCUGCAGCCGUCAAAGAUCUGGUCUCCUGCUUCACUGGAUCUGAGUGCCCCUCUCUCGCUGGCAAACCCAAACUCUUCUUUAUUCAAGCCUGCCAAGGUAAGAGAGGGCAGAAAAGUAUCCCAGUGAAAGAAGAUUCUUCUCGACAGCUGGAGACAGAUGCUUUGCCCUUGCCUUCCAUUCCUGACUGGGCUGAUAUCCUCAUUGGUAUGGCUACAGUGGAAGACUUUGAGUGCUACAGAUACAUAGAGAAAGGCAGCGCGUUCAUUCAGUGCCUCUGCAAGGAAAUAGAGUCUUUCUGCCCACAGUACGUGGAUCUGCUGACAAUCCUGACACAAGUCAACAAAAAAAUGGGAGAAAAAGAGUUUAAUGGGAAAAAGCAGAUGCCGGAAAUAAAAUCAACCCUGCGGAGGAAACUGAUCUUCCAGGUGCCAACGCUAGACAAUUAACCAAAGCAAUAAGAAGUCUGAGAUACACUAAAUUAGGAAUUUUGGGAUGGAUUCAACUUGCAGUUCCAAAAGACAAAUGGACUGGAUUUGUUCAGUUAGGUCCCAGUCCUGCAAGGUACUGAGGGCCCUCAACUCUCAGAUCUCCAUCUCUGCAAUGACUCAGCGUCCUGACUUCCAGAUCUGCAGCUGUCCAAGUCACCAAAUGUGCGUAAGCAAAGGGGCUGAGUGACUGACCUGCAUCUGUCUACUUUAGUAGGAGUUGAGAGUGCUCAGCACCUUCUAGCAUUGACCCCUUGGUCCUGAUUUCAAAUGAAGACGCACUCUGCAAAAUCUUGAUUCCCAAACAAUGAGGAAUUGUACAGUUUCCAUUUGUCAAUGUUAUUCAUAGAUGAUAAGGCCAAAAGGGACCAUUGUGAUAAUCAGGGAUCUUAGUUUUCUGAGAUAAGAAAAUCCCCCAAAUUCUCCAGUAAAAAACCAUAAAAAUCCGUAUUUUUCCACAAUUAAAAUUAAAUGCUGAAUUUUAGUUUCUCUAGCCACAAUAUGUAUAGCUAUCAGUUGAACGCAAUGUUUCAUUGAUAUAUUUACAAUUUUUAAAGCAAGUUCAAAGCCUACCUGUGCCAUUGGGUGGGUGUGGCGGGGGGAUAGCUCAGUAGUUUGAGCAUUAGCCUGCUAAACCCAGCGUUGAGUUCAGUCCUUGAGGGGGCCAUUUAGGGAUCUGGGGUAAAAAUCUGUCUGGGGAUUGGUCCUGCUUUGAGCAGGGGGUUGGACUAGAUUUGUAUGUCUGUAUUCUAUAUUUUCAGAAAAUUGUGGGGGGGGUUUAAUGCAUAAACACUUGAAUGAUACAGUCACAGUGAAUUGUUUCUUUACUGUUGAUGGUCCUGCGAGUUCAGCCUCUUGUUUUCAUUUCUUUUCAUUCAGUUUGUUUAGCACUUUCCAUGUGUUCUACAACUGCCUGCCUUUGAAUGUAAUCUAUAGCCUUGCUGCAUACAGAACAGAACAGGACAUUACCAUCAAUGUGAAAUUUUUCCUUGCCAAACUCAGUGACACAGUCUUCAGGGGUGAUUUUUAAAGUUUUUGGCCUCUUUUCAUAACUUUAAUUACUCACGUCUGGAGGCUGAAGUGAAAUUUGGGAUGCAUUAAAACGCAAACCCCUAUAUGCUGUUGAGUAACGUCUAUACACUGGAAGCAGUUUAUUGGAGUAUGUUUAGCUAUGUACAUUUAAAACGCAUUCAAAAAUCAACCACAAGAGGGGGAGGUUGCACGCAUUGAAUAAGUGACACCGGUACUUUUAGUAAAAUUUAGUUAAUAGUUAAUAUAUGUUUUUAUUUGUUCACAAAAUGUAAAAACUGUUUUUUUACAGAAAAUCUCUAAAUUCCAUGUUUUUCCGUGGCAAAUGGAUUUCUAGGAUCCCUGGUGAUCAUCUAGUCUGACCCUCCUGUAUUGGAGACAUAGGACUUUCCUGAAUUAAUUCCUGUUUCAACUAGAGCAUAACUUCUAGAAAAACAUUCCGUCUUGGUUUACCAAAGUCCAUCUUUACUAUCUCAACCCGUGCCCUUCCUGACCCCCCGUCACCUCCAAAAAACCUUCCUUGAUUUGCAUUCUUGAUUUACAGAUCUGAUCCUGGGAAGAUUCCACAUGGUUCAGACACAGUUUCCAUUACCUGCAUGGACAGAGAAAAUUAAGCUAUACAUUACCUAGGGGAUCAGGUCUAUCGCAUGGUUCUCAGGGGAAAAAAAGUCCCUUUGUACAGUGACCAUUUAAUUAAAUCCGCAAGCAGGAAACCACCAUUUUAAUCAUGUUUUGCAUUUGUACUUUUUUUACUUAAGGAAAUGUUGAUUUCUCAUUAGUUGGUAACCACCAAAGCCUGUUGACUUGCAACUAAAUAUAGCCUUUACACUAAAUUUGGUGGUAAUUUUUGCUAACUGGGAGGAUACACUAUAUCUGUACAUAUUUAUUUAAGCAACAAUAUAGCUUAACUUAUAUUUAUUCAGCUUCUUUGUUUUGACAUUUUUGAUUGUUAGAAAAUGGUGAAUGAGGCAUUUUGAUUUUAGUAGAUGAUUAAUUUUUUUAUUUGUGACCUUUGUCACACUCUAUUUGGUGGAAAUUCAAAUUAAAUUAAAAUUCAGAAAAACAGCAUUUUAUUGUUUUUAUUAAAUAAAAUGACCUUAAAAGUGCAUAAGAAAAAAGUUUAUCAAACCAUUUAAAACUAACCAAUUUAUUAAACAAAGGCAGUAUUAUCUGUGUUUAAUGAAUUUAACUGAUUUAUUUCUGGUUACCAUGUCCUUCAAGAUUUUAGAACUAGUAGAUCUUACUCUCUCAAACUUACUUUUUAUUCAUAGAGUGGAAGAGAAAAACAGCAUUCCUCCUUUUUCAACUUCCAAUUGGGUUCUUAACUUUGAAUGAGCUAGUACAUGAACUGAACUAGUUGAAUAAACUGAAAUGAAGAAAAUAUUCUCUCUGCACCUAUGAAGAUUCAAAUUUGUUUAGCACUUAAAAAAAAAUGUAUUUGUAUCCACCCAGACAGUGACCAAGGAACAGGAUGAUAAUAUAACACUUUGCAUUUCUCUAGCUCCUUCCAUGUGAAGGGUACUGAUGGGGGUGGGGGUGGGGGUGGGGAAAGAGAUAGAAAAUACAGGACAAUUUGCCCGUUUUUAAGAAAAAGUCAGGACACCUGCAGGAAGGCUUAAAUACGGGACAUCUCGUCAUCCUAGCUAUGUUACAGAAAGGAGCAGUAUGUCUUACAGAGGGUAAUAAGCACAUCAGUGGAAGGAGUUAUGAUUAUGCCAUAGUUAUUAGCAACCUAGUGAUCUGUUGGAUUCUAACAUUUGAUUAUUUAUUAAAACAUCUAUCAAUGAUUUACUAAUCCUUUAUAAAUAUAGUAAGGCUCCAUUUAUAAACCUUGUGACUAAGAGAAUAGUGUCAUGAUGCCUUUAAAUUAAACAUUCUUUUCUAUUCCUAAAGAUAAGGUUAAAUCUGUGAAAUUUCUAGAGGUUAGCCUUGUCUCUCCUAUACUUGGAGUUCCUUUGCAAAUUCUUCAGAUUGGAUUACAACAGCUGCACAUGACACUUACUUGACACUUAGGGUAUGGCCACACUUGCAGAUGUAGAGCACUGUGAGUUAAAUCCGCCUUCGUAGAGCACAGUAGGAAAAGUGCUGCAGUCUGUCCACACUGACAGCUUCAAGCGCACUGGCAGCAUUGGGACCGAUGCAUUAUGGGCAGCUAUGCCAGCAUGCAAGUGACGGCAACGUGCUUUUCAAAUGGGGGUGUGGUGGAGUGGAGUGUGACAGGGAGUGUGUUGUGUGUAGGUGGGGGGGAGAGAGAAUGGGUUUUUGGGGUGCUAAGAGUGUGUCAGCAUGCUGUCUCGUAAGUUCAGACCCUCCACCCUCUCUCCUCUUUCUCACUCACUCAAAGCAAACAGUAAAUGUUUGCUUUUCUCAGAGCUGAUAAGCAGCUGGCUUCUCCGCAACGGAGCUUUGAAAGGGCAUUUCCGCAUUUCUGCAGCCGAUUUCACAACAAUGACAAGAGUGGCCACUUGACUUAAGGGGAUUAUGGGACGUUUCCGGAGGCUGAUCACAGCGCAGUAACGCAACACCUCAUCCACACUGACACUGCGGCGCUCCAGCAGGGGUGCAGCAAACGUUAUUCCACUCGCCGAUGUGCAGUACCAGCAGCACUGUAGCUGCGGAGUCAGAGCGCUCUACAUGCCUUGCCAGUGUGGACGGGGAGUGAGCUAGGGCGCCUGGGGCUGCUUUAUUGCGCUGUAACUCGCAAGUGUAGCCAAGGUCUUACACAGCAUAUACUUUCAGAUGCAGUUGUCUGGAAUGUGGAUGCUGUUGGAAAGCGGGAAACGCUGAGAUUAAGUGAGGUAGGAGCCGAUAGUUGUUCUGUAAUAAAAGUAAGAGAAACCCUCACAGAACAGCAGUGAGAUUUAUCUUGAAUUUUAUUUGUGCUUCUGUGACCAUGGGUUUUAGGUGAUUUACCAGGGCUCAAUCUGGGCAUCUAUAUUUUGAGAGUUAAUUGGAUGUGGAAACAGGAAAAUAGAAGUUUCGAUGCAGAUAUUUGAAAUGUUAUUGGUUUAUACCACUGUAUGUGUGGCUGUGGAUUUUUCUAAGAAGAGAGGGGCAUAGUGGCGCUGGGGGGCAAAUGGGAAGGAAAGGUGAUUUUGGUCUUGGCAGGAGAGCGCUGCUGCAAGUUGAACUGUGUGAACAAAGCAUUCCUACAGCUGUGCGGCCUGUCUGAGCCUUUCUGCCUUCAUCCCAGCUGACCAGGUCAUCGUGAACCACUCUUGGUUCGGGAUUUGGUGCAGUACCCUACAUCUAGUCCAAGUCCUUGUGUCAUAACUAUAAAGGGAAGGGUAACAACCCUCCUGUGUACAAUACUAUAAAAUCCCUCCUGGCCAGAAACACCAAAAUCCUUUUACCUGUAAUGGGUUAAAGAGCUCAGGUAACCUGGCUGACACCUAAUCCAAAGAACCAAUAAGAAAACAAGAUACUUUCAAAUCUUGGGGAGGGAGAAGGCUUUUAUUUGUGUGCUCUUUGUUUUGGGGGUUGUUCGCUCUUGAAACUAAAAGGAACGGAACAUCAAUCCAUGCUCUCCAAAUCUGUCUAAACAAGUCUCUCAUAUUUCAAACUUGUAAGUAACAGCCAGGCAAGGCGUGUUAGUUUUAUCUUUGUUUUCUCAACUUGUAAAUGUUCCUUUGCUAAAGGAAGGUUUAUCCCUGCUUUGCUGUAACUUUAAA